AUGGCCCCAAGAACUGUCCUCACCCAGGCGCCCAAGACACGAGGCUUUCUGCGCCGCCUCUACGCCACCACGGCCACCAACCAGCCUCUCAUCACCGUGACGAACCUCCCCUCACCAUCCUCCGGGCACAUUCGCGUGCUCGAGCUCAACCGCCCCAAGGCUCGCAACGCCAUCUCAAAAGACCUCCUGUCCGCCCUCCGCGCCGAGGUCGACGACGUCCACGCGCAGUAUGAAGCCAAUGGCGUCGAAAACGCAUCCUACAACGCAGGCGAGCUCGGCCCAACCAGGGCGCUCGUCCUCGCGUCGGCUGUCGACACCUGUUUCUGCGCAGGCGCCGAUCUGAAGGAGCGCAAGGGUUUCACGCAGGAGGAGACGGCGCAGUUUUUGGGUAAUCUGAGGGGCACCUUUUCGAACCUGGCUGCUCUGCCCAUUCCCAGCAUCUCCGCCAUCUCGAGCUUGGCACUUGGUGGAGGACUCGAGCUCGCCCUGUCGACAACCUUCCGUGUCUUGUCGUCGAAUGCGACAGUGGGUCUGCCAGAGACGCGGUUGGGCAUCAUUCCCGGUGCAGGUGGCACAUAUCGUCUUCCUGGCAUUAUUGGUCUGGCUCGCGCGAGGGAUCUCAUCCUGACGGGCCGACGUGUAGCCGCGCCAGAGGCGUACUUCCUCGGCAUCGCAGAUCGUCUCGUCGAAGUCGUCCCGGAGGAAGGUCAAGAGGGCGCGGAGGUUCUCACGUCCGCUCGUAGGGCAGCGCUGAGCGAGGCUGUCCGAUUCGCCCAGGAGAUCUGCGAGGGAGGUCCUGUUGCCAUUCGUGCGGGUCUGGAGGCGGUCGCGUGGGCACGAGAGGAGAAGGAGAAUGAGAUGUACAAGCGUGUUGUCAACACUGAAGACAGGGAUGAGGCGUUGAAAGCGUUUGGGGAGAAGAGGAAGCCAGUGUUCAAGGGUAAAUAA